GGACUCUGGUCUCCAGUUCUGAGAGGAGGAAGACACUCUGCCACACUUGGUUAAGCUAUGGAUCAAACCUUGGUGGUUCCGGUGGUUCUGGCCGUGUUUGUGCUUGUAGUGACGGUGCUGUUCUCCCUCCUGAGGAAUUCCCUUAAAGAAAAGAAGAAAGGGCCCGUAACGCUCCAGGACCCCAUGAUAAAAUAUUCACUACCUCUUAUCAGCAAACAGGAAAUCAGUCGUGACACAAAGAAGUUUCGGUUUGGCCUUCCAUCUGCGUCUCAUAUCCUUGGACUGCCAGUUGGUCAGCACGUUUACCUCACAGCCAAGGUGAACGGCUCUCUGGUGGUCAAACCCUACACUCCAGUCUCCAGCGAUGAAGACCAGGGAUUUGUUGACCUUGUGGUUAAGAUCUACUACAAAGGCUGCCACCCAUCGUACCCAGAAGGAGGACAGAUGUCUCAGUACCUGGACAACAUGACCAUUGGAGACACCAUGGACUUCAGAGGACCCAAUGGACUCCUCAUCUACAAGGGAAAUGGUGCGUUUUCUAUUCGAGCCAACAAGAAGACGGAGCCAAAGGUUCAGAAGUUUAAGCACGUUGGGAUGAUUGCAGGAGGAACAGGUAUCACCCCGAUGCUACAGCUGGUCCGAAGCAUCACCUCAGAUCCUGCAGACAGCACCAAGUGCUCGCUCAUCUUUGCCAACCAGACUGAGAAAGAUAUUUUACUGAGAGAGGAGCUGGAGGAGGUGCAGAAGAACCAUCCUGAGAAGGUUAAGCUCUGGUACACGCUGGACAAACCUCCACAGGGCUGGAGCUACAGUUCUGGAUAUGUGACCUUUGACAUGAUCAAGGACCACCUCCGUGCACCGUCCUCCGACGUCCUCGUUGUCCUCUGUGGUCCUGCACCGAUGAUCCGAAACGCCUGUCUGCCCAAUCUGGAGAAACUGGGUCAUCAAAAAGACAAUAUCUUCACAUACUAGAUGUUUUAGUUCCUUCAUUCAUCAGUUUUCACUGGACUGUUCAUGUGUCACUGCUGUUAAAACUACAAAGUAACCUCAGAUUUUAUUUUACUUUUGCUGAAAUAAACUUUU